AAUAAUUUUUAAUAUGUAUUUAAGAUUAACAUAAAUACUACAACUGACUCUGAACAAGCCUUAAUGUACACUCGGUGCGCACCAGUGCAAAUACACGAAUUCUCUAUAACACUACUAGAUACAAUCUUGAGAGUUUGUAUAUUUUCGCUUGUAUUGUGUCCUGUCAUCGUAUUUGGAAAAGUCACCUCAUUAUUUUAGUAUUAUACUUGACCUGACGAACAACUGCCACCGCUUAUCAUACACCGACGUAUUAUAACUAAUCUCAAAGAUUUUCUUGGAGCCUAUUGUGCCUUGGUGUUUUGUGACCGACAAUUAUUUAAUUGGAUUGAAAUCUUGUUGAUAUCAAACCUCGAUAAUUAUAUCAAAGAAGAAGAUGUUGUCGGACGCUCGUUUCAAAUUUGCCCUCGAAAGCCUGAAGAAAUGUAUGUUGAUGGAACCGAAACAAAACAUUUUCUUCAGCCCGCAUCUCAUAUACCAUGAUCUACUCAUGGUGUACUUCGGAGCUAGCGACGAUAUCGAGAAAUCUCUUAAAAAAGUCCUUUACAUUCCCGAUAAUAUUUCUAGAGACACCCUACAACAAAACUAUGUUUCUACGGAAAACAAUCAGUUCUGUUACAUUAUGAAGGGACCCUCAGACUCCUUCGAGUGUCGAAUUUCGAGUAAACUUUGGCUAAGUAACUCUAAAUCAUUGAAGCCUGAAACAUCGAGUUUAUUUUCAUCUGCCCAUCAGACUAUGAAGAGUAGCGAUUUCAAGUCUGUUCCUGAUUUAGCCAGGCGUUUCAUCAAUUUUAGUAUUAGCAAUACAACGGAACGCACAAUAUCGGAUCUGCUACCGCCGGACUAUAUCGACAGCAACACUAAUAUAGUUAUGACGAGCGCGAUCUACUUGAAAGGCUUAUUCCACAAUGGUUUCGAAGAUUGUGAAUUAAAUACUCCUGACGACUGUUCUAAAUAUGAUAAAAAACUUAAAUUUGUUAACAAACCUUCUAGUAGCAGUGGCAGAAAGAUGAGGAAUGACAAAGAAUAUAUGUUCAACAGUUUUAUUGAAAAACUUGAACAACUGGGGUUAAAAUCCAAGGUAUAUGUCUAUAAUGUUUCUCUCAAACGUAAUGAAAUAUCGAUUUUCUUCCUGGAUACAAAGUUAUUUCAAUUCAAUCCAGAGAGAGACGCUGGAAGUGCAGAAAUAGAGAAAGACAAAAUUAUCCAAUUGAUGGAACUGCUGACGACCGAAGUAGUAUCUUCCUACCUGCGCAAUAUUCUAGAGAUGGGAUUGCCAUAUCAAAAUAUGUUAUUUACACAAUUGCAAAUAAAACAAAAUCUGCCGAUAAACAAGCUAUUGCAGAUGCUGAGUGUUCCAGAACUUAUGUCAUCCGGCCAAAUCGAGUUGCCCGCGUUUAGUGACGAUGUGACGCUCGGUAAUGCUUUGCACCAAGUUAGCAUUGAAAUGACAAAGGAUAAUAUCAAGGCGGCCGCGAGUAACGCAUUCUUCGACAUUAAUUCUAUGCAACACGUACAGACGACAGACAUACCUGUGGAUAUCGACUUUCCGAGUAUCUGUUUAAUCUAUGAUAAACGUCAUCACAAUCUCCUUUUCUGUGGCAUCUUAUGGGAUCGGAAGGAUCUUCCAGUCGACGAAAAAUGACUCGUUGAUAGGUGUCGAAUAAUGGUUGAAAAAUAUCUUUCUCUCGAUCAUAUUUACGAUCUUAUCUGAAUUGGUUUUAUAUAAUAUGCGUAAUGUUAAUUGGAAAAUUGCAAAUGUUUCUGUAAAAUCUCUAUUGUAUUUCGGUUAAUUAACCGAUGAAAAAUUUUCCAUGUAUGAACAUAA